CGCUUCCAUUUCUCUCUCUCUAUCAUAAUCUGUUUGUUGUCACUUGGUUGCUUUCUCGGUUGUGAUUCUUUGUAUCCUUAAUUCGUUGGGUGUAAAGAUGACGUUGAAGCAAAGAGAGGAGAAAUGAGAGGAGAGAAUUAUGCGAACACUCUGCGAUGUUUGCGAGAGCGCAGCUGCCAUCCUUUUCUGCGCUGCCGACGAGGCUGCUCUUUGCCGUUCUUGUGACGAGAAGGUCCACAUGUGUAACAAACUCGCUAGUCGACACGUGAGGGUCAAGCUAGCAGACCCUAGUGAUGUUCCUCGUUGUGACAUAUGUGAAAAUGCACCUGCAUUCUUUUACUGUGAAAUAGAUGGAAGUUCCCUUUGCCUGCAAUGUGAUAUGAUUGUACAUGUUGGAGGUAAAAGAAUGCAUGGAAGAUACCUCUUAUUGAGGCAAAGAGUUGAGUUUCCAGGGGAUAAACCUGGCAAAUUUGAGGAACUGGCCUUGCAACCUAUGGAUCAGGGUCAGAAUAGAAGGGAACUCAAUCAGCCUCCUAAACUGACUAUGAGAGAAAAUCUACAAAACCACAGGGUCUCUACCCCAGUGCUAAAUGUUGACACCGACAACCAUGGAAAGAUGGAUACCAAAAUGUUUGAUCUAAAUGCUAGGCCAAAUCGGGUACAUGGGCAAGCUUCAAAUAGUCAGGCACAUGGCGUUGAUGUUCUAAGUGACAAUAAUCAUGAAGCAAGUGUGGUUCCUGUGGGAUCUUUCGAAAGAGAGACUGAGAAGUGAGCAAGGUUUACGCGGGUAAACUAAUUGUUGCUUCAACUAUGUGCUCAAACUGAUGGCUUCCAUCUUGCUUUGAACUUUAUGAACUAGCAGAAGAAAGAAAUAAAGACAUGCAUGGGAGAACUACCCUUGUGCUUUGUUCAGUUACCCAUGCUGAGGGCCUUCAGCUUUGUCUCUGACCAACUUCAAUUGCCACACAGAGAAUAGGGAUAAUUGUCCAUGGUUAAAACAGAUGAGAUUUUUGUGAACAUUCUCCUCCAUAAUGCAUGACAAUUUCAUUUGGCCGUAAAGAAGAGGUGAGGUUCAUCUUUAUAAAGAUUCUUUGAUCUCA